UUUUUUGUUUCCAUUAUAAUUUAAAAAUAUGGAAAAACAUCUGUUAUUUUCGUGAUUAAAAUCCAAUAUUUAAAAUUUCAACUUUUAAUAUUAAGAAUAUACUAGCCAACAAUAAAACGAAAACAUGUCUCACAAUACCCAGGACAUCCGUCAGGAAAUAAUACGAGAAAACCUUCCAAAACUAAUCCAACAACUAACCCAAUUCGAGUCUACCGAUGAUAACUUCAAACGUUGCGAACAAUUUGCUUUGCACAUAAUUAAAAAUCAUCGCAAUUUAAGCGUCAAUAGCCAUGAAAUCAAACGUAAAAUCGAAGGAAUGCAAGAGAAAUUCCGGGUGGCCAAUUAUUCACAAUACGCCGAUCAUCUCCAGCAGCUGUGUGAAGAAUUGGUCAAACAUCCACUUUGUGUUAUGCACUACGAGGUCGAUGUAUCAUGGUCCAUAUUGGAAUUUCUGUUCAAUUUAGCUUUUAAUCCUGUGGGGGCUUUGCGUAAAAACAAAGAUCAAAUCGAUUUGAAUGCUUUGAAAGUAAUCGAAGAGGAUCAUAUCGACGAGGAACAGAAAUUCUUGAAGAAUCUACUGAAAGAGGAUUUCAUUGAUGAUUGUUGUAGUUUUAACUCCGAUUCAGACUUAAGUGUUUGGUCAGAUGAAGAAGACGAAAGCUCGUCAGCCGAAGUUAAAACCCUCCUCUCCAUUUCGACCGAUGAAAAAACCUCAAAAAUUAAAUGGCCUCCCAGUUGGAAACCUCCACAAAAAGAUCCUCAUUUUGAACAAUUCGAUGGAAGAAAGUCUAGAGAUAUUCUCAAUUCGAGUGUGCAAAGAGAUUGGUGGAAUCCGUUGAAUAAAACACUCCUAGAAAUUCCCAGCACACGAACUGAGGCUAAUUUUGCGCAACUAUAUAAUUCGUUCCUAAGUGAAACGUCCAAUAAUCUGAUCAAACGGCAGAUCCUUUCAACUGAAUCAGAACACUCAUUGCUGAGGGAAAUCAUCUGGAUGUUUAAUUCUCCUCAGAAUUGUAAAUUCUUCAAGGUCACAGGAGAACAUGAUAUUCAAGUGCAGGAAAAUGUUUCAAUUCCAAGCGUUAGUGUGAAUGGACUGAGAACUUACCUCGAAGAAGCUUUCAUUCCUUACAUACAAAUGAUGAAUACUUUGAAGAAAUUCAUUGAAUCCGUAUACGUUCCCACUGAGUCAUCAGCAUCGUCACCCAUAACUUACGAGUGUUAUGCUGCUAAUUUGGUAGAUCUCUUGGAACCCAUUAACAGUGCCAUAACAGAAGCUGAAACUUCAAUCCUAAAACAAGAAUCUCAAGUUAUUUCCACACUUAUUCAGUUACAAUUUCGCCUAAGAGAAAGCCUGUUGCUUUUGAAGAGGAUUCAUAACAUGCAUACUCAGGUUGUUCUCGAUUCUAAACAAUUUCCAUCUCAUAUUCUUAGUGCCCAUUUACUAGCAGCUCUUUUACAUAUCAAUCAUAAUUCAGAAAGUCCCGAUGAAGCAAAUCUAUCGAUAUCGCUUUUCCUCACAACUGUUAAAGUCUUCUGUCAUCUUAUUGAAGCUUGGUGGAGUGAUGGUCGAUUGGAUGAUUGGCAAAAUGAAUUUGUUGUUGAAAAAAUUGGUGAAGGUUCAGAAGUAAAAACACGUCAAUUUACAAAAAAUCGAGAAAUGGCAUUUUUUGUGCCAUCAAAUGUAUCAACAAUGAUAACAGAUAAUAAGUUUAUAAAACUUUUACUAAGUCAUUCGGAGGAAGCUGGAAGUACUCUUAAUUUGCUAUAUCAAAUAAAUAAAAUUUCCGAUCUGAGGAAUUCCUUGGACAUAAAAGGUAAAUUGUAUGAUCAAUUUAUUGAAGAAGUCUGGGUAAGGAUAAGAGAAUUUAGCAUUUCACAAUCGACAACACCGUCCACAAGUCCAAUUCCAACUGCCGACGACGAUAUGGAAAAAUUAAAUUUGACGGACGAAUCACGCAAAACAUUCGAAUGCCUUGCAACCAAUGAUGAAUUCCUACUCAUGGCUUUUGCAUGUAAUUUAGAUGAACUCAGCAGAGAUUCCACAGAAAAGUCAGACACUCAUCAACACACCAAAGAUCCUCCGCCAGCGUUAAAAAUAUUCAAUGAAUUAAGUAGAACCUCUCAGAUUAUUCUACCCCUUGAAGAGAUAAUUCUUACCUCAAUGACCCGAAUAUUAAAUGCACGUAUUGCUUAUGCUAAUCAAUUUGUUAUAAAAAUGUACCUCGAAGAGUUUGAAAUUAAGAAACAUUUCCAAAAUAUCCGAAAAGUAUUACUGUUUGAGUGCAGCGAUUUGAUGUCAUAUUUCUAUUCAAAACUUUUCGUACAAAUAGAAUCUGAAGAAAGUUGGGCAAAUCCUUUUCUGUUGAGUGUUCAACUUGAUGAUAUCAUGUGCUCGAAAUUCCCUGAACUCUCAUCAUUGUUUCGGGUCGAUAUUAAAUCGACUUUUAGAUCUAUAACACCAAAAGUUACAGAAGCUGUUGAUGAAAUAACAAUUGGCUACAACAUCAGCAAAGAGCUUUUGCAUGUCAUCACAGAGAAAUCCCUCGAAGAGUACAAUAAAGUGUUUAGAUUUCUUUUGAAAGUUAAAUGGGGACUAUGGGCUUUAGAAAGUCUACACUUCCCGCAAUCACGCAAACGUUCCGUGCCAUAUGCUCCAUUCGAAAUGAUUGACUUGAUAAUGCGAAGAUUGGAACAACUUCGUUUUUGGAUGAUCUACUCAUUGCAAUGUAUUCAUUUUCAUUUGAUGACCCAUGUCCUACAAUCGAUGGGUCAACAAUUAGAUGAGAAAUUUGAUAAAUGUUGUCAUAUCAGGGAAAUGCUUAGAGUUCAUGAUUCCUACAUAACAACUGUGUGUGAUCAUUGUUUUUUGGGAGAGACAUUUAAUAGUAUCAAAGUUGGAGUUGAACAGCUUCUUAAUUUGGUUUAUAUAAUUCGAAUGGAAUGGAAUAGUUGUCUGAAGGAAAUUGAUUCGAAAAAUAUGUUGUCAGUCGGUUCGUUGUCGGAUGAUGAGCCUGAAAGUUCUACAAACUAUGUGGCUAUUUCUCAAAUUGAUGCUAUUGAGGUUACAUACAUAAGAUGUCAUCAGUUUUUGGCCAAUACUCUCAACAACGAAGUUUAUCUGAAUCAAAAUAAUUUCUUGUCAGGGUUGAGUGCGGCAUUUAAUUCAAGCAUACCAUACUAAAAUGCUCAUCGUGUUGAAACGAGUCAAGUUAUUUUCACAUCAUUUGGCUACUCACUUGCAGUAGUUUUUGAACUUCUUCGCUUAUUCCUCGGAUAUUCUGGGAAUCUUAAAAGAAAGCCAAUUGAUUUGAGUGUAUUUCUAGUGGUAUCAACAAUUAUCCAAACCCCAAUUCUUCUAUAUCUCACUUUAUUUUUGGACACACAACUUCACAUAAUAAUACUUGGAUGUUUAAUAUUAUUUUGUUUGCUAUUCGAAGUGAAUCUCGGGGCUUAUACUUGGCGAAGAAUGUCAUCGCAACAAAACAAUUUGCAACGUAUCAAAUUAUUACUGGCAGAGAGAAAGGAGUUGCGGAGUAUAAACAACUAAUUUAGUUUUCU